GUGUCUUUGCCAGACCGCGAGCUGAGGCGGAGCAGGGUUUGGUGGACAAGCGAUGGCCGGGAAGAACGUGUGUGUGUCUGACUUUGAGGCGGAAGCCAAGAAGGUUCUUCCGAAGGCCGUCUACGACUACUACCGCUCUGGAGCUGAGGAGGAAACCACACUAGCUGACAAUGUCGCUGCAUUUAAGAGGUGGCGCCUGAUCCCCCGGGUGUUGAGGGACGUGUCCUCGGUGGACCUGAGCGUGUCCGUGCUGGGACACCAGCUCACCAUGCCGCUUUGUGUGGGAGCCACCGCCAUGCAGAGGAUGGCUCACCCCCAUGGAGAGACAGCUACUGCAAGAGCAUGCCAAGCACUGGGCACGGGGAUGAUGGUGAGCUCGUGGGCCACCUCCACUAUAGAGGAAGUGAUGUCAGCGAUGACGACCUCCCCUGGGGCCGGGGGCGUCCUGUGGCUGCAGCUCUACAUCUACAAGGACCGGCAGCUCACGCUCUCCCUGGUCCGCCGGGCGGAGGAGGCGGGCUAUAAGGCCAUCUUUGUUACCGUGGAUACGCCGUACUUGGGGAGGAGACUGGAUGACAUGCGGAACUGCUUUAAACUGCCCUCGCAUCUGAGAUUGUCCAACUUCUCCACAGACUCCUUGUCUUUCUCUGAGGGCGACUAUGGUAGUGACAGUGGGUUGGCGGUGUACGUGGCAAAAGCAAUAGAUCCCACUCUCUGCUGGGAUGACAUUAACUGGCUGAAGAAACACACACGCCUGCCUGUGAUUGUGAAAGGGAUCGUCACUGGGGAAGAUGCCGCGCUAGCAGUGAAGCAUGGCGUCGAUGGCAUCUUGGUGUCCAACCAUGGUGCACGGCAACUGGAUGGGGUUUCGGCCACGCUGGAUGUGUUGGAAGAGGUCGUGGAAGCAGUGCAAGGACGCUGCGACAUCUACCUGGAUGGCGGAGUGAGGCGAGGGACAGAUGUCAUAAAAGCGCUCGCUUUGGGAGCAAAGGCGGUUUUCAUCGGCCGCCCAGUGCUGUGGGGCCUCGCCUGUGAGGGUGAACAAGGAGUUAUUCAGGUCCUGCAGCUUCUCAAAGACGAGCUGACACUAGCUAUGGCCUUAGCAGGUUGUAGGUCCUUAUCGGAGGUGAGCAGGUCUCUGGUCAGGAGAGCGGAGGUCACAUCCAGAAUGUAACAUGGAUCACCACACCGAUAACUUCAAAAGGGCUUCGAAUUGCAACAUUAUUACAUGUUAUACAGUUGUUAUAGUUGUCAUUAUUCUCUUGAUCAAACAUCAUUAAACGUGCGUCUUGAAUUGGUCACUCAGCAGCAUUGUGACCAAAAAAAUGACAGUUUCAGAUCUUACAUUUGAUUAAAGUGAGUUGAUCAAGUAUAAUAGGAUAAUCCAUCUUCCGCUUGAUAUUGUAUAUUUAUUCGGAUAAACUAGACAGAGAAAAGGUGGACAUUUGUACAUUCAAAAUAGCCGUUUCAAUUAAUAAAUCAAAACUAAACUACAGUAAAGCCUGAUUAUGUUGAUGCCCCUCAGACUGGCUGACAGACAAUAUAAGCAGUUGUUGACAUAACCAAAAUCAAACCUAGCCAUUAAUUUGUGGCUUUAGACAGAGACAUCAAGAGAAUGGAUGUUAAUAAAGGAUUUUUUUUUACCUAUCAAAAGGAGUUCCUCUAAUUGUGCAUAAUUUUAUGUUUUCAUUUGCCGCACCAAGUUGGUUUUAUGUCUUGAAGACAUUGACAAUAGGGAUGCCCAUUAAUAUCGGCCGAUAAAUGCUUUAAACUGUAAUAUCGGAAAUUAUCGGUAUCGGUUUCAAAAUGAUCGGUAUCAGUUUCAAAAAGUAAAAUUUAUGACUUUUUAAAACGCCGCUGUGUACACGGACGUAGGGAGAAAGUACAGAGCGCCAAUAAACCUUGAAGGCACUGCCUUUGCGUGCCGGCCCAGUCACAUAAUAUCUACAGCGUUUGACACGCUCACAAGUGAAUGCAACGCAUACUUGAUCAACAGCCAUACAGGUCACACUGAGGGUGGCCGUAUAAACAACUUUAACACUGUUACAAAUAUGCGCCACACUGUGAACCCACACCAAUCAAGAAUGACAAACACAUUUU